CAUGCGGAUGCGGGCAGGGGGGCGGGCACCCCCCCCCCCGCCCGGGAUGGUUCGGCCCCGCGCCCCCGCGCGGCGCGUGGUUCAGCCCGAGCCCGGAGGGUCCGUCAGCGGCGGGAGCGGCGCGAGGGGGAGAGAGAGAGAGAGAGGGAUGUCCAGCUCGCCGUUGUCCAAGAAGCGCCGCGUGUCUGGAUCUGAGCCGAAGACGGGUUCGAACUGCUCCUCUGGCAACUCCGUACAGAGUGACCCGCGCACAGCGCCCGCCAACGGCAUGGCUAAGAAUGGCAGUGACGUCGACAUCGACGAGGGCCUGUACUCCAGGCAGCUGUACGUGCUGGGCCACGAGGCCAUGAAGCGGCUGCAGAACGCCAGCGUCCUGGUGUCAGGGCUGCGGGGGCUGGGCGUGGAGAUCGCCAAGAACAUCAUCCUGGGCGGCGUCAAGUCGGUCACCCUGCACGACACCGAGCCCGCCCAGUGGGCAGACCUGGCCUCCCAGUUCUACCUGCGGGAGGAGGACUUGGGGAAGAACCGGGCCGAGGUCUCCCAGCCGCGCCUGGCCGAGCUCAACUCCUACGUGCCUGUCAGCGUCCACACCGGGGCCCUCACCGAGGACUUUCUGAGCCCGUUCCAGGUCGUGGUUCUCACCAACUCGCCUCUGGAGGAGCAGCUGCGGGUCGGGGGAAUCUGCCACAGCAAGGGCAUCAAGAUGGUGGUAGCCGACACCAGGGGGCUCUUCGGCCAGCUCUUCUGUGACUUCGGGGACGACAUGGUUGUGACAGACACCAACGGGGAGCAGCCGCUCAGCGCCAUGAUCUCCAUGAUCACCAAGGGCUGCCCGGGGGAGGUGACCUGCCUGGACGAGGCUCGGCACGGCUUUGAGAGCGGGGACUUCGUCUCUUUCACGGAGGUGGAUGGCAUGAAGGAGCUCAACCACUGCCCCCCCAUGGAGAUCAAAGUGCUGGGGCCCUACACCUUCAGCAUCGGCGACACCAGCAACUUCUCCGAGUACGUGCGGGGGGGCAUCGUCUCCCAGGUCAAGAUGCCCCAGAAGAUCAGCUUUCUCCCCUCUCCCCAGAGGAACAGCCGUUACGAUGGGCAGAUCGCCGUGUUCGGGGCCGACCUGCAGGCCAAGCUGGGGCAGCAGAAGUAUUUUCUGGUGGGCGCCGGUGCCAUCGGCUGCGAGCUGCUGAAGAACUUUGCCCUGCUGGGGCUGGCGUGCGGGGACGGCGGGGAGGUGACCGUGACCGACAUGGACACCAUCGAGAAAUCCAACCUCAACCGCCAGUUCCUCUUCCGGCCCUGGGACGUCACGAAAAUGAAGUCUGACACCGCAGCGGCCGCGGUGCGGCAGAUGAACCCCAACAUCCACAUCACGAGCCACCAGGACCGCGUGGGGCCCGACACGGAGCGCGUCUACGACGACGACUUCUUCGAGGGCCUGGACGGCGUGGCCAACGCGCUGGACAACGUGGACGCCAGGAUGUACAUGGACCGCCGGUGCGUCUAUUACCGAAAGCCCCUGCUGGAGUCUGGCACGCUGGGCACCAAGGGCAACGUCCAGGUGGUGAUCCCCUUCCUGACGGAGUCGUACAGCUCCAGCCAGGACCCGCCCGAGAAAUCCAUCCCCAUCUGCACCCUCAAGAACUUCCCCAACGCCAUUGAGCACACGCUGCAGUGGGCCCGGGACGAGUUCGAAGGCCUCUUCAAGCAGCCGGCGGAGAGCGUCAACCAGUACAUCUCAGACCCCAAGUUCAUGGAGCGCACGCUCAAGCUGCCGGGCACGCAGCCCCUGGAGGUGCUGGAGGCCGUCAACAAGAGCCUGGUGAGCGAACGGCCCCGGAGCUGGGCCGACUGCGUGGGCUGGGCCUGUCGCCACUGGCACUGUCAGUACAGCAACAACAUCCGCCAGCUGCUGCACAACUUCCCGCCCCACCAGAAGACCAACUCCGGCACCCUGUUCUGGUCAGGGCCCAAGAGAUGUCCCCACCCCCUCACCUUCGACAACAGCAACCCCCUGCACAUGGAUUACAUCGUGGCGGCGGCGAAUCUCUUUGCCCAGACCUACGGCAUCACGGGCACGCGGGACGUGGGCGCCGUGGCCGAGCUGCUGCACCAGGUGCAGGUGCCCGAGUUCACGCCCAAGUCCGGCGUGCGGAUCCACAUCUCGGACCAGGAGCUGCAGAACGCCAAUGCCUCCGUCGACGAUAGCCGGCUGGAAGAGCUGAAAUCCAGCCUGCCCAACCCGGAGGACCUGCAGAGCUUCCGCAUGUACCCCAUUGACUUCGAGAAGGACGACGACGCUAAUUUCCACAUGGAUUUCAUCGUGGCGGCGUCAAACCUGCGGGCUGAGAACUACGACAUCCCACCCGCCGACCGGCACAAGAGCAAGCUGAUCGCUGGGAAGAUCAUCCCAGCCAUUGCCACGACGACGGCAGCGGUGGUGGGGCUGGUGUGUCUGGAGCUGUACAAAGUGGUGCAGGGCCACAAGCGGCUGGAGUCCUACAAGAACGGCUUCCUCAACCUGGCCCUGCCUUUCUUCGGCUUCUCCGAACCCAUCGCCUGCCCCCGCAAUAAGUACUACGACAUUGAGUGGACGCUGUGGGACCGGUUCGAGGUGCAGGGGGUUCAGCCCAGCGGGGAGGAGAUGACGCUGCGCCAGUUCCUGGCCUAUUUCAAGAGCGAGCACCGGCUGGAGAUCACCAUGCUGUCGCAGGGCGUCUCCAUGCUCUACUCCUUCUUCAUGCCGCCCACCAAGCUGCGUGAGCGCCACGACCAGCCGAUGACGGAGAUCGUGACCAAGGUGUCGAAGAAGAAGAUCGGGCGGCACGUCAAGGCCCUGGUCUUCGAGCUCUGCUGCAAUGACGACAGCGAGUGCGACAUCGAGGUGCCCUACGUCCGCUACACCAUCCGCUAGGGGCAGGGCCUCCCCACGCCCCGCCCCCUGGGCUCACGGGGCGGGGCCUCCCCACACCUGCCCCCCACGGUUAAAGUGAUGCAAAACAUGGACAAAAGGGCCUCCCCCCAGGAAUUGGUCUGAGGUUUGGGGCUGAGGAGGGGGGGGGGUCCUGCCCCCCUUCCCCGCUGGGAACCCCCCCCAUGAUCCUGUUCAUGUUCUUGAGGCGCUUUAACCCCGCCCCCUUACUGUUAGUCGUGUUGUCUUGACUCCGCCCCUGCACCCCCUCCCCCCACACACUCACUUGCUCACCGAUGGGGGAUGGGGUGUCUCUUGCCCUGCGGUGCCGGUUCUGUAUGGGGGGGGGCACGGCAGCGGGGGAGCCCUCCCCCCUGCUGCUGGAGCUGGUGUCCGUCUGCUGCUUGCCCGGCCAGCGGUGGCGGCUGGGGGGGGUUAGUGCAGAACUGGUGAGAGGAAUUACUGAAUAAAUAGACGUUUGCAAAACCUG